UUAAAUAAGCUGUAAGCGUUCGGACAUGAUCACCUUGAUCGUAGUUUCGAAUUUCGUUUUCAGUUGCUAUGCAGAGCAUGAAAUGCUAGUCUAUCCAGUCAUUUUGCAAGAACGAACGAGCACCGGAAAUAUGACGCUCCGGCUGCAUGACCGGUUAACGCUUAACCUUAAAAGAAGCACGGUGUUGGCGGAUAAACUGGUCAUGGUUAGGAGCACUCCGCAUGAAAGACAUGUGAAAACUGUAGACACGUCCUCCAUUCAUAAAACUCUUUAUCAUGACAAUCAUCAUGGAUCGUCCUUAACGGUGCAGCAAAGAGGUGGAAUGGUGAAAGUAGAAGGAAUAAUCAACCAUAAGCUCAGAAUAAAGCCCGUACCUCGAAGUGAGCGCUCGUCACAGGCUCACGUUCUACACCGCAUAUACGAAGUUCAAGAAAUAGACGAAGAACUCGCGAAGAUGGCUCCAGAAGACAAAGUACAUUUGCUUAAUACGGUUGUGACGUCACCGUUACACAUCCAUUCUGCGGAGCCUGUACGGCCAAGAAAACUACUCGAAGAAUUCGUGGUCGAGGUUACUGUCAUAUCUGACCAACUGCACCAAGUGCACUAUCAGAAUGACGACGACUUGAUCACCUAUCUGGCAGUGAUGAUGAAUGCCGUUAAUCUUCGGUACCAUGGCAUGCAGAGCCCUCGCAUUCGAUUUAAGCUUGUUGGAGUCACCAGGAGUCUGGUGGAUGUUUUCGCUAUUUACAUGAAUGGUGGUUACCUGGAGGCAUAUGGUACUAUUGAAGGGCUUGUGAACUACGUAAGCAACGGAAACAUUCCAGAACAGACUGACGUCGUUUACCUUAUUACACACCGGAAUAUGGUAAACGGCAGGAACGGACUAGCCCCUGCAGAGCAGAGAAUGACAGUACAUGCACGCAACUAUCCUGCCAAGAAUGCGGUGUCGAACUGA